CAUCAACUACUUCACUCCCCGCACACGUCUAACGCGGGAUCCAUAGAGCACUGGAGACGCAGCUCGUUGAUUCCCACCGCGCCCUUCACAUCGACCCGGACUAGAGGCACCAGACACACCACACCAGCGCGACGACGCUGGCCUUUGUCAGACUCUUGAGCGAGACCUUCAUCUCUUCCUUGCCCCACUAGACUUGGUGACCAUGUCUACAGUCUUCUACCGCUGGGGUGCGGGCCGCGACGAGUCGCGCGCCAAGUUUGACGGUACGCACAUCUCGGUGUUUGACUUUAAGCGCCAGGUGAUGCUGGGUAACAACCUUGGCAACGGCAAGGACUUUGACCUGGUCGUGUUGGAGAAUGGAGAGGAACUCAAGAACGAUGACCACCAGAUUCCGCGCUCGUCGUCGCUCGUCGUCCGCCGCCGCCCGGCCAUCAUGAAGGGCCGCGGCACGGCGCAAAACUACAUUGUCGGCACGGACGCCGCGACAUCGCUCACGGGCGAGCACCGUAUCGAGGCGCAUGCGCGCGAGGCGAUGAAGGACCGGCUUUUGAAUCGCGGCGCGCGCGGUGCUGCUGGCACGUUUGGGAGCUUAAGCCGGCGGUUUGACGGCAAGGAGGACAAGGGUGCGCAGCCAGCCGUCGCGGUCACAACAGGCGACGCCGACGAAGAUGCUCGAAUCAAGGCCAUGCUCAAGCAGCAGGACGAGACUUGGGAGGAGAUGCAGAUGGACAUGUCGACACAGGCGCGAUACAACCCCGGCAACCGACGACCCAUCAAGCCUGCUGGCCCGGCAGGCGGACCUCCCAAGUUUGACUUUUCUGUCGCACCGGACAAGGAGCCGCCAGUAGGCUACAUCUGUUACAAGUGUGGUCAGAAAGGCCACUGGAUCCAGAACUGCCCCGAAAACAACGACCCGCAGGCGCAGGGCAAGCGCUACGUCCGUGUGACGGGUAUCCCCCGCAUGUUCCUCAAGACGGUCGAGACGCCAACAACAGGCGAGGGCUCGUCGGGCGGUGCAAUGCUCACUGCCGACGGAGGCUUUGUGCGCGCCGUUGCAGACCAGCGCGCAUGGCAGAAGCAGGCGGCGACCAAGCCGCGCGCGCUGACCGGCGCCGACGUCCGCGACCAGGAGCCGCUCGACAGCGAGCUCACCUGCCCUCUGUGCAAGAAGCUCGUGUGGGAGGCUGUCCGGGUACCGUGCUGCAGCACUGCGUUCUGCGAAGAGUGCAUCUCGACGCACCUGCUCGAACACGACUUUGAGUGCCCCUCGUGCGAGAGCAAGAUUGCAAGUCUCGACAAGCUGCAGCCGGAUGAAGAACUGCGUGAGCGCGUCAAGGCAUAUGUCUCUGGCGAGCUGGAGAAGAACAAGAAGGAGGUUAAGGAGGAGGAGGUGAGUGAAAAGCACAUGGGAGGAGGGAGCGCUGACGAUCAGGGCGAGGACGAGGCAGCCAACGCCGACGACAAGGGCGACGUGAGCGGCAAGAACCCAUUCUCGGGCCCGCUGCCCGACAUGAACACGAUGCAGGAGUACCUGCAGGCGAUGAUGAUGUCGCUGCGCAACCCGCUCGUCCCACCAAACCUCAAGGCGCAACUGCAGGCCCAUAUCAAGAUCACCAACGCCAAUCUGAUCCAGAUGCAGAUGCUCGCGGCGCAGGGCAUGAUCUUUGGCGGCAUGCAGGCGGCGAUGGGCGCCAUCGGCAUGGGCGCCAACGCAAUGGGCAUGGGCAACGUCAUGGCCAACCCGAUGAUGAUGCAGGGCAUGGGCAACGGCAACCCCCAGCUCGGGAUGCCCCAGCAGCAGCAACAGCAGCCGCAGCAGCAGCAGAUGAUGCACCACGGCGGCCGCGGGGGCCACCGCGGCGGGUUCAACCGCGGCGGCUUUGGUUUCCGCGGUCGUGGAGGAGGCGGGUUCCGCGGCGGCCGCGGUGGUGGCGGAGGCGGGUUCAAGCGCCAGGCCGAGGACCACGCGGGGGGGAUGGAGAAGAUGCAGCGUGUGGCGUAGUAGUAGUGUUGUAGGAUAUUAUGAAGUCAUAGAGCA